CUGGCCGCCGCCCCGAUGUCCCACAGCGCGCGAAGGGGACAGCAGGAGGAGGAGGAGGAGGAGGAGGAGGGGGCGGAGGAGGGAGCGGCGAGGGGCAGCCAGGCGCGGCCCAAGAGCCAUCUGGAGCCGGCGGCGAGCGGUGGCAGGACCCAGGACCGGCAUGAGAGGAAACGGAAGAGGCAGGAGGCGCAGCAGCUCCAAAAACUCCAGCACCUGGAGUCCUUCUAUGAGAAACCUCCCCCAGGGCUAAUUAAGGAGAAUGAAAUAAAACCAGAAGACUGCAUACCUGAUGUACCAGGCAAUGAAAGUGCACGAGAAUUCCUGGCACAUGCCCCAACAAAAGGGCUUUGGAUGCCUUUGGGAAAAGAAGUCAAAGUCAUGCAGUGUUGGAGGUGUAAACGUUAUGGACACAGAACAGGAGAUAAAGAAUGCCCAUUCUUUAUAAAAGGCAAUCAGAAAUUGGAACAAUUUAGAGUAGCACAUGAAGAUCCAAUGUAUGAUAUAAUACGGGAAAAUAAACGUCAUGAGAAAGAAAUGAGGAUACAGCAACUGAAGCAGCUCCUGGAGGACUCUACCUCAGAAGAUGAUGAUGGUAGCAGUAAUGACAGUGAUGAGGUUGAAGGUGGCAGCAGCUCCACUUCCUCAGAAUGUAGAGAUAAACACAAGAAAAAAAAGAGAAAGAAGGAAAAGAAAAAAAAAGAAAAGAAGAAGAAGAAAAAGAGAAAGCGUAAAUCAUCUAAAUCUAAUGAGAAGUCAGAAUCUGACUGACAGCAGUCAGCUGCUGCAUGUUCCUUGACCCCUACUUGCAAACUGCAAGGAAAGAUCCAAAGAAUGAGGAAGAAAUCACCAGAAAGGGCUUUAUUAAAUACUCAGAACAUACAGAUGGUUACACACAGCAUCCUACACUGGAUGUCCCUCUUCUGCCCCUCUGCAGUGCUGCAGCCAGAAAGAAGAGAGCUGCAUUAAACAGUACUCAAUCAACCAUAUCUUUAUGCUGUAAAACCUGUGCUAAGGGUCGU